AUGGCACCAGCUGGCAACAUUUUGUCUGGACGAACUUGCCUAGUAACAGGAGGGGCUGGGGGUCUAGGCAGAACAAUCGCUCUCGCUCUGCUAGACGAAGGCGCAAAGGUGGUUGUCAGUGACUUCAGCGAAAGCCUCCUCGACUCUGUGGCAGCAAAUUUCCAAUCGAAAGAAUCCGUAUUGUUGCUUCCGGCCGAUGUCACGGACGCCGGAGCAGUGGAAUCUCUGAUAUCCAGGACGGUAGAGCACUUCGGCCAGCUUGACGUCCUUGUCAAUUGUGCCGGCAUCUUUGACCGCUUCGAGCCGGUGGGGCAACUGAACCAAGCACUGUGGUCUAAGGUCAUGGACGUCAACAUCACAGGACCUUUUCUGUUGAGCAAGGCUGCUGUCAACCAUUUCCUAGACAGAAGAGCAACAGAUGCAUCAAUCAUCAAUAUAGGGUCGUUGGCAAGCGAGCACGGAUGGUGUGGUGGUGCCGCAUAUACUACCAGCAAACAUGCCGUAAAGGGCCUCACUAAAGCCACCGCGGCUUUCUACAGAAACAAGGGCAUCCGGUGUAACUUGGUCAUGCCGGGAGGAAUGAACACCGACAUUGUUGGGAAUGUUGCCCGAAGCCAAGGUCUGCAUGCAGAAGGUCAGAAGAUGCUAGAUGCCGUCGUAGAUGUGUUGAACACACCUAUUUCCGAUACGAAAGAGGUGGCCAAUUUGGUUACGUUUCUGGCCUCUACGAGGUCAUCUGCCUUGACUGGUGCUGUGGUCAAGGCCGACCAUGGUAUAACAACGGUCAUAUAG